UCACUAAGCAUCAUUCUGCCAGUUUUCGUUGUAACGUGCGCGAGUACAGUAAACUAGUGAAAGUAACGGUAUUAAGUGUAACGGAUAACAGUGUAAAACAUGGGUCUAAAUACCAUUUACGAAUCAAACCAAAAGCAGGUUUUGUUGAUCUUAUCGGCGGUGCUUUCUAUACAGUCGUGCGUUUUCGCGUUCGAAUUUCCUGAACCCAUUACAAGAUGUCACUUUGCCGACGAGAAAUGCAUGAUCGAGCAGGCGCACAAGUUGUUUGAAAAAGCUGCCACAGGUGUGCCCGAAAGGGAUAUACCAGCUUUGGAACCGAUGAAGUUGGAUAAAAUCGAAAUGUUGGGUGAUAAAAAUAGUGCAUUAAAAAUUGACUUGAUAAUGAACGAUGUGGAGAUACAUAAUUAUACAAAGGCGCGUGUCAUAUCAAUUAAAGGCUUCAGCAAAAAUCUCAGCAAACCAAUGAAACUUGUCUCACAAAAUAUCAAUCCACGCAUCACCAUCAAGUCGAAAUAUAAGAUCAAUGGGAAUAUACUUGUGUUGCCUAUUAGAGGUGAAGGUGAACUCACGAUGGUGUUGGACAAUGUAAAAACCCGCUUUUCGACCACACUCAAAGUGGAGAAGCGUGAUGGCAAACAUUUUUUGUCUGGGGAUACUAUUAAACUUGAAACUCAAAUGGAUAACGUUCACAUCGAUAUGACAAAUCUCUUCAAUGGCGAUAAAACGCUCUCUGAGAGCAUGCUCCAGGUAAUGAACGACAACUGGCGCUUACUCAGUGAUGAUCUAACGCCAAUUAUCAACGAGGCAUUAGGAAAUAAAGUAAAGGAAUUGCUGCAGAAAUUCUUCAAAGAUAUACCGUAUGAAGAUUAUUUUUUAACAGAUUAAAUUAAAGAGUUUGAAUAAAAAAAGUUAGUAAUUUUUAACAUUAA